ACAUGUGGUUCCAUUUCAUCUGAUAUCCCACCGCCAACCUGCCUAUCCUCUUCUAUCUCUGAUUCCAGCUGCAACAAGGAAUCUAAUAAACACUCUGCCCUUUAGUGUGCUUUUUCUGAAACAGCCAAUUUGGCUACAUUUUGGAAAUUGGCUUUUCAUGGUUUUAGUUGUUUUUCCUUCACUCUAAUUCUGGUUCUGUAACUUUUUCCUGGAAAAUAAAAAAGGUCUGGCUUUUUUUCUCGAGAAAAAAGAGACUUUUAGCAGAAAGGGGAAUGUGGGUUUGUGGAGUGGAGAGAUUGCUUUGUUAAGUCGGUAGCUCUCCUUUCGUUCCCCAAUUAAAAAGUCUGUCUUUCUAAGCAACCCUUCUCUUUGGUUUUGAUCUUUUCACUGAGGACGAAUUUUUUUUUAAAAAAUAGCUUUGUUUGGUAGAGGAAAAUGUACAGAAACUGACCUGGGUCGGUCCUUAAAAAUUGAACCUUUUAAUUUUUUUAUUUUGUUUAAUUGAGGAUACUUGGAUUUAGAUUAAUGGGGAUUACAGUUCACGUCUUAUCACCAAAACGCGUUCCGUAUCCUUAUUGAUGAUCUCUUCUUGAACGUGGUGGUGCUGGUGGUUGUUUGCUUACUGUCGCAAUCAGAUCUGCAUAUUGGGCUCUGCUUAAAACACAUAGCCAGACAUUCUUGCUGAUCAAGUCAGAAACUUUGGGGGUUAAUUGAAAGGUAAUUGAAUUUCAGUGUCGAGACUAGGAGUUCUCAUGUUUCUGAAUUAAAGAGGAACACGGCUUCGUCAUAUCUUGGCAGAUUAUUGGAAUCAAGGAAGUUGCAUUUAGAUCGAGUUAAAUUGGAUGUAAUCUUAAGCUCUCAACGUGUACGGAUACAAUAUGCUUUUGGGGCAAAUAACUUGGUAAUUUGGAGGUCUUGAACCCGGAAGCUAAGACAUCAGAGUGGUAGUUAAUGGCUUCUGGAGAAGGGAGGCGUCGCCGUGAUAAUCUUGUGCCUCUUGCUGCUUUAAUCAGCAGAGAAAUGAGGAACGAGACGAUGGAGAAGCCAACUGUGAGAUAUGGUUAUGCAGCCCAGUCUAGGAAAGGAGAAGAUUAUUUCCUGAUUAAGACUGACUGUCAGAGAGUGCCAGGGAAUUCCUCGUCCACAUUUUCUGUUUUUGCGAUCUUUGAUGGGCACAAUGGAAACGCUGCAGCAAUAUUUACUAGGGAGAAUCUGUUGAAUCAUGUUUUGGGUGCUCUUCCUCGAGGGCUUGGGCGAGAGGAGUGGCUUCAAGCUUUACCUCGAGCACUGGUUGCUGGGUUUGUGAAGACUGAUAAGGAGUUUCAGAGCAGAGGAGAGACAUCGGGGACUACAGCAACAUUUGUGAUAGUUGAUGGAUGGACAGUUACUGUUGCAUCUGUUGGAGACUCACGUUGUAUUUUAGAUCCUCAGGGUGGUGACAUUUCCACCUUAACUGUGGAUCAUAGACUUGAAGAGAAUAUAGAAGAGAGGGAACGUGUGACUGCAAGUGGUGGAGAAGUUGGUAGGCUUAGCAUUGUUGGUGGUGCUGAGAUUGGUCCUCUCCGUUGUUGGCCAGGAGGCUUAUGCCUUUCUAGGUCAAUUGGAGACAUGGAUGUUGGAGAGUUUAUAGUUCCAAUUCCAUAUGUCAAGCAAGUGAAGCUAUCAAAUGCAGGUGGCAGGCUUGUAAUUGCUUCUGAUGGCAUCUGGGAUGCCCUUUCCUCAGAAAUGGCAGCAAAAUCUUGCCGUGGGUUGCCAGCUGAACUUGCUGCUAGACAAGUUGUGAAGGAAGCAUUGAGGACACGGGGACUAAAGGAUGAUACAACAUGCAUAGUUGUUGACAUAGUUCCUCCUGACAAUUCAUUACAGCCCUCAACUCCUCCCAAGAAGCAGAACAAGCUCAGAGCCUUGUUAUUCAGGAAGAAAUCACAUGAUUCUGCCAGUAAGCUAUCAAAAAAGCUUUCUGCUGUAGGUAUAGUGGAAGAACUGUUUGAAGAGGGCUCUGCAAUGCUUGCUGAAAGACUGGGGAAUGAUGACACCACAACGCACUCAACAUCUGGUCUAUUCACAUGUGCUGUAUGUCAAGUUGACCUUGCUCCGAGUGAGGGCAUCUCUGUUCAUGCCGGUUCAAUCUUCUCCACCAGCUCCAAGCCCUGGCAGGGGCCUUUCCUUUGUGCUGAUUGCCGCAAUAAGAAGGAUGCCAUGGAAGGAAAACGCCCGAGUGGAGUUAAAGUGGCAUAACUCCAUUGUUUCCUUCAUUCUAUAUCCCAUACAUUUUUUUCUAGACCACAACCGCAAUUUGUAGGCCAGGCAAUUUGAUUGAAUUUCACUACCAUGGUGCCACAAAUGUAUAUGUAAUAUUCAAAUAAAAGGAAAUGAGUUUUAGCAUUUAAAGUA